AUGACCGAACAGCAGAAUAUCGGGAUAUUCCACGCGGAUCGGCACAUCUGCAAAUGUUUUAAGUCAAUAAUGCAGGCUAUUAAAGCUUUCGGAGCUACGGCGCCGUCUACAGUUCUAUCAGUAUUGAAGAAAGGAGCAUUCACACCAGUAAUCGGACAACUCCGUCAGACUCACUUACCAGCUCAUGAUCCUAAAGAAAGACGCCCUUAUUCGCCAUUUCAAGAAACCAAAAGUACAGCAGAAUAUGCUGUUGCAAGGCUUGACGACUUGCUUAAUUGGGGCAGAAAAGGGUCAUUGUGGCCUAUGACUUUUGGACUUGCUUGUUGUGCCGUUGAAAUGAUGCACAUUGCCGCACCUCGCUAUGAUAUGGACAGGUAUGGUGUAGUGUUCCGUGCAUCACCACGUCAAUCUGAUGUCAUGAUAGUAGCCGGUACAUUAACAAAUAAAAUGGCCCCAGCUUUAAGAAAAGUUUAUGACCAAAUGCCUGAUCCAAGAUGGGUUAUUUCUAUGGGGAGUUGUGCCAAUGGAGGUGGCUAUUACCAUUACUCUUAUUCAGUUGUGAGAGGUUGUGAUCGCAUUGUGCCAGUUGAUAUCUAUGUACCAGGAUGUCCCUCCAAGUGCAGAAGCUUUACUGUAUGGGAUAUUACAAUUACAAAAGAAAGUAAAGAGAAUGAAGACAAUUCAAAUAUGGUACAGGAAAUAAGAGUGUUGGUUUUUCAGAUGGAU